UAUUUUCCUUGGCCUGCAUUGGAACCGCCAGCGCCAGGGACAAAUAUAUACGUAACCCUAAAUUGGACAUCGAGAUAGCAGUGCAGACGACCAGGCGCAUCCAGAUCAACCGCCCUUCUCUCCACAAGCUCCCUUGGUGGUGAUCCUCCUCCCUCGACCUCCUCGCUCUCUCUCUUUCUCCAUCUUAUCCACGGCAGAGACCAGUAUGCGACGGGGCUCAGCCAUGGGACUGCGGUCUCCUCUCGAACUUCUUUUCCUCCUCUUCACCCUCCUUGUACCUCUUACCUCCGCCGUACGAUUCGAUCUCAUCCCAAAUACACACUCAGGAAAGCACGAAAGAUGCAUAAGGAAUUUUGUUGCGCGUGACCAGCUUGUUGUUGUCACUGCCACCGUGAGCGGCUCGAAGGGAGAUGGCCAGGUUGUCAACAUGCACAUCAAGAGUUCUCUAGGCGACGAUUACGCCAAACCAAAAGAUAUUGCCGGCGAGAUCAGACAGAUGUUUACUGCCAGCGCCGACUCUUCCUUUGACGUUUGCUUCUCUAACGUCCUUUCCGGGAGACAUCCUGGCCCCAAUCCUUCUCGUCAGGUUGAGCUGAGCAUUGAAAUCGGUGCUGAUGCUCGUGACUGGGAUGCUAUCAAGGUCCAGGAGAAGCUCAAGCCAGUUGAGGCUGACCUUCGCCGUUUGGAGGCCAUGAUCACCGAAAUCGUUGCGGAGAUGGACUUUAUGCGCGCACGAGAGCAGAAGCUCCGAGAUACCAACGAAAGUACCAAUGAGCGAGUUAAGUGGUUUGCUUUCGGCACCAUGGGCAUGCUGAUUGGUCUUGGUGUCUGGCAGGUUGUCUACUUGAGAGCCUACUUCCGGUAA